GUAAUGUGAGACCUUCUAAAAUCAAACCAACCAAUUGACAUUUAUCAUCGACAUCCACCAUCACCAUCCCAUACCAAUAAAAGUGUUGUGUAAGCCAACAAACAAAACCAACAACAAAUCAAUCUCUCUCUCUGAUUAAAAAUAUAUUUUUAUCAGCAGGAAAAAGCUCCCCAUCAAAUCAAAAGAGUAAAAGCAACCCCACCGUCACCAUUGCGUGUUGAAAUCAUAGAAGGAAACUGCAAAAUAAUCAAACCCCAUGAACCGUGGAUUGAAUGUUUUUCCAAAUAUCUUCCUUAUUGUCAAAUAAAUAAGAAAAGAAAAAGGCACUAGUAGUAGUAGUGAACAGAGGAGUGAGUGAGAGAAACAGAGCAUCUUCAUAUGAGGAGUGAAGGUUGUUGGAGAAGAAGAAGAAAGAGUCAACCUGGGAAAGCACGGAGAGUUUUUGUUGGAGGGUAUUUUGGAUUGCAUCCAUGAAAUCACAGCAGCACUGGCUUUUGCGAAUAGGAUGAGCGAUUCUGCAUACAGGGUUGAAACCACUCCUCGUCUUGCUCAAUGGAGAAUCGAAAACUUGGCUUCUUGCACCUACCGAAAAUCUGACCCUUUCAAGAUCGGAAAGUGGAAUUGGCAUUUGUCGGUGGAGAAGAACAGGGUUUUGUUUGUGAAAUUGUUCCCAGAGAUAUCCAAUCUAACAAGAGACAAUCCCCCAAUUGCAUCUUUUAUUGUUCGGGUGGUUAGUUCUGUUGGAGAUCGCAAGUCCCUCACACAUCCAGAGAUAAAAGACAAAGUGAUCAAGAACAAUGAGGACUUUGUUUGGGCAAUUGAGGUUCCUCUUACUGGGAAAUUCAUAAUUGAUGUUGAGUUCCUUGAUUUGAAGACUGCAUCCCCAAACGGUGGAGAACCUUGCUCUAUUUGGGCUGAAGGGUUUACUCAGACAAGAUCAAAUGCAAAAGCCAUAGAGUCUCUUGGAAAAAUGCUAACAGAAGGAAUCCACACAGACAUCACCAUCAAUGCUUCUGAUGGAACUAUAGGAGCUCAUCGAGCUGUACUUGCUGCCCGUUCACCCGUGUUCUGCAGCAUGUUCUCACACAAUCUUCAGGAGAAAGAGCUGUCAACUAUAAACAUCUCAGACAUGUCAAUUGAAACUUGCCAAGCUUUUCUCAAUUAUCUUUAUGGAAUCAUAAAAAAUGAAGAGUUUCUAAUGCACAGGCUGGCCCUUCUGCAUGCAGCCGACAAGUAUGACAUAUCUGAUCUGAGAGAGGCAUGCCAUGAGAGUCUCCUAGAAGAUAUUGACACAAAGAAUGUGCUUGACAGGCUCCAGCACGCGUCGCUGUAUCAGUUGAUGAAACUUAAGAUGAGCUGCAUCCGCUAUCUUGUGAAAUUUGGUAAAAUAUAUGAAAUCAAGGAUGAUUUCAAUACUUUCCUGCAGAAUGCAGAUAGGGAUCUCAUUUCUGAAGUUUUCUAUGAAGUUCUUGAUGCGUGGAAAGGAUUCUGAAGAUCAUGAAACUUCACAAAGGAUUGGAAGACGUUGUGCUAUUUAAUGUAUCAAAGAAAUAGAUUGUUUGAAUUCUAGAUGAACGUUAUUCUUUGUACUCAGAUGGUCUUUUUUUUCAAUGAUUUCCGUGUACAUAUAUCUGUCAUGCUCUUCAUACAUAAAACAUAAGAUGUUAUUGUUUACAAAAGAUGUACAUUGUAUGAAAAGAAAAAGAACAUGUAUUCAUGAAUGCAAAUGGUUCUAAAUUCUGAUGUUGUAUUUCA